AUGCUGAAAUCAUUUGUUAGCUUGAGCCGCAGUUUCUCUUCAUCUAGCGGUAAUCCAAGAAAAAUUGUUGUUUGUGCGAACGGAUCCAUCGCCGCGUGGCAUCCACCACAAGAUUUUCCUUACGAACAUUCGAGACCAAUUGAAACCGCGGAAAUACAAAAGAAAGAAGAAAAUUUCCAGACAUCUCGUUUGUCAGCCGCUGCUUUGGCAGCAGCAAUUCCUCGUGAACCGGUAAACGCCGAGCUCAAAGACAUUUUCUACACCACAAAACACGAGUGGUACACUAGAAAUUUUUUAUUGGCAUUGGAACACGAACCGGUCUAUACAGUCGGAAUUCGUCAUAAAGGGUACACUGAGGAAGAAGAGAAUCGACUUAAAAGCCUGGGAGCCGAUUUUUAUAGAACUUCCCGAGGAGGCUUGAUAACUUUUCACGGGCCAGGGCAACUUGUCGUAUAUCCUAUUUGUGAUUUACGACGAGUUUCUAAUAAAGUUCUUGGUGUUCGGAGCUAUGUGGAUCGACUUGAACAAACGAUAAUUGAUUGUGUUACGAACGGUUUUUGCAUUCCAAAUGUUGGACGCACUGAGCACACUGGCGUCUGGGUUGACGAGAAUCGAAAAUUGGCCGCAAUUGGAAUUGGUGUGACCAAUGGAGUCUCAUAUCAUGGAAUUUCUAUCAAUUGCAAUACUGACUUAAAGUGGUUUGAUAAUAUUGUUGGCUGUGGAAUAGAAGGCGUUUCUACUACUUCGCUUUCCAAGGAGACCAAUCGAAACGUCACAACAAUUUUUCCUGUUCCGUUAUCGAGCAUUCUGGUGACUAUGCCAUUGUAG